ACUCCCAUCAGCGGGAUGACGCAAGGCGCUCGUGGCGUUGCCAAGGCUUCAGGAGACGCGCUCCGGUGGGACGGGCGUGCGUGCGCUUCCGGGGCGGAGCGCGGCCGCCGGAAGUGUGUGGCCGUUGGGGCCAUGGCGGCGCUCGGCGUCGUCUUACUCCUGCUGCUGGGAGCGGUGUCCUGGCCGCCGGCCUCGGCCUCGGGCGAGGAGUUCUGGCCCGGCCAGUCGGCGGCCGACAUCCUGUCGGGGGCGGCGUCCCGCAGACGGUAUCUUCUGUAUGACGUCAACCCCCCAGAGGGCUUCAAUCUCCGCAGGGACGUCUACAUCCGCGUUGCCUCCCUGCUGAAGACGCUGCUGAAGACCGAGGAGUGGGUGCUGGUGCUGCCCCCCUGGGGCCGCCUCUAUCACUGGCAGAGCCCGGACAUUCACCAGGUCCGGAUUCCGUGGUCCGACUUUUUUGAUCUUCCGAGUCUGAACAGAAACAUCCCCGUGGUUGAGUACGAGCAGUUCAUCGCAGAGUCCGGCGGGCCCUUCAUUGACCAGGUGUUCGUCCUGCAAAGCUACGCGGAGGGGUGGAAGGAGGGGACUUGGGAGGAGAAGAUUGACGAGCGGCCCUGCAUUGACCCGCUGCUCUACGCACAAGACAAGCACGAGUACUACAGAGGAUGGUUUUGGGGUUACGAAGAGACAAGAGCUUUAAACGUCUCCUGUUUGUCCGUUCAAGGCUCGGCUUCAAUCAUGGCGCCUGUGCUUUUGAGAAACACGUCAGCGAGGUCAGUGAUGCUGGACAGAGCCGAGAACCUUCUGCACGACCACUACGGCGGGAAGGAGUACUGGGACACCCGGCGGAGCAUGGUGUUCGCCAAGCACCUGCGGGCCGUGGGGGACGAGUUCAGGAGCAAGUACCUGAACUCCACGGACGAAGCCGACAGGAUCCCCUUCGAGGAGGACUGGACCAAGAUGAAGGUCAAGCUGGGGUCCUCGCUGGGGGGUCCGUACCUCGCGGUUCACCUGAGGAGGAAAGAUUUCAUCUGGGGCCACAGAGAGGACGUGCCCAGUCUGGACGGGGCCGUGAAGAAGAUCCGCGGCCUCAUGAAGACCCACCAGCUGGACAAGGUGUUCGUGGCCACGGACGCCAUCAGGAAGGGUACGUGGCUCCGGCUCUGUCCGCGUCUGCUGCCCCCGGUUAGGCCGCGGCAGACCCGGGCCCGCGCGCGAGCCUUGGCCCGAGCCGGGAGGGCAGCGGCGGCUCCCGUGGCCGGUCCUCCUGCCCAUUUCCGCCGGCCCGUGCGGAGCCGGCGCAGCACACGCGUCCGGGAGCCGCGACCCCAGCGCGUCCGCCCUCCUUCGCUCCGCAGAACACGAGGAGCUGAGACGGCUGUUGCCCGAGAUGGUGAGGUUCGAGCCCACGUGGGAGGAGCUGGAGCUGUACCGCGACGGUGGCGUGGCCAUCAUCGACCAGUGGAUCUGUUCGCACGCCAGGUUCUUCAUCGGGACCUCGGUCUCCACGUUUUCUUUCCGGAUCCACGAGGAGAGAGAGAUCCUAGGGCUCGACCCCCGGACGACGUACAACCGGUUCUGUGGGGACCUGGAGGAGGCGUGCGAGCAGCCCACGCACUGGAAGGUCGCCUACUGAGCCGGCACCCCGUGGACCCCACCUCCUGGACUCGCCUUACACGCGAACUCUCGGGCUCUCUCUGACCACGCGAGUUCCCUCGGGUGGCUCCUGCCCCUGUCUGACCGGCCAGGCUACCAGAUAAGCCCUCUUCGGGGUCACGGACGCAGCCACGUGAGCCACGGCGUGUGUCUGCGCUCGGUGUUUCUUCCCGCCGUCAGCUGCCUGUGGCCGGGGGCUUUGGUCGGGCGAGAAACCGGGUCUCUGCCUGCCAGCAAGGCCCUCGUGACGGGAGAAGGUGCCGGGCCUUGUUUCCUGGGUCUGGAGGGACGUCCGGCAGCGAGUGGUACAGAUGUGGCGUGCGGGCAGCUCCCAUCCCGGGGGCCGGGGUGGCCGAGCCUUUGGACCUGGCGUGGCGUCGGCCUGCUGGUCCUGUUUUUUCUGCCCUCUCGCCCACCUGAAGCCACCCACGGGUUGGCGGGAAGUGAACCGCGGCCUUGCAGACCAGGUCUGAGGCCUGUUGUCCCCUGCUCACAGUGCUGGAAGGUUCCUUGGAAGUCUCCAGCGGUUUGUCGGGUUCUCGCAGAGAGGAGCCCUGGCCGCCUGUGAGCGUGUGAGGGCGGACGCCCCUGGCACAGCCUCGUGGUGGGCGCGGUGGGCCCGGGGACGAGGGGCACCAUCGCUGUGGCCUCAGAAGGGCCUUGGGGUCACGCCGCACAGAAACCCUUUCUAGGCCGUCAGCGUGGCCACCACCGCAUCCCCUCUGGCCGGGAGCCCCGGGUGACCCACCCAGGCCGUGGUCCAAAGCCCCGGGGCUUCUGGGGCUUCUUCCCGAGCUCCGAAAACCCACCUGAACGCUCGGCAGGGUCCUGCAGUGUCACGGCGGCGUGGGGUCAGGCGAUGAAGUAUUUAUUCUUUUCCCAUUUGUACAUUCAAAUGCCAUUCAUAAAAUAUGUUUUCUAGAAAGGUG